AUGCAAGGAAUGGAGGCAUAUGGACCAAGGGCGGGCAGAAGGGAUCAGUUGAAUUUGGCGUCGUGUCCGGCCUGUUCCUGUGCCGUACAGUUCUAUGACUGUUGCUGCCUCGAAAAUUGAGGCGGGGAGACUUUUUUUUCUUUUGUUUCUGAUGUUUCCCGGACGUGAGCGCUCGCCAUUGCAGUGACGUCAAGGUGAAAGUGGUCUAUCUGUUAACAUUGGGGGCUCCCGGCAUCCCCAGAACCGUUGCGGAGCAACCGGACUCUAAACUCCGAGAUCCGCGAGCAGGUAAACAAGGUGUUUGGGCGACUCUAUAUGUGGGAACUUAAAAAUAACGUGUAGUGGAAGAAAGCUGUCAAGAUUCAUUUAGUGAGAGGGGAAACAUGCCAAAAUUCCAUGAAGCUACAAAAAGUGUUAGAAACACUUCAGUAAUGGUCUGCACUGAGUCACUGAUUGCAGGAAGAUACCAGGUACAAGAGAAACUUGGGAGAGGCAGUUUUGGGAUGGUUUAUGUCGUGCUGGACAAGAAAUCCCAAAAAACAGAAGAACUGAAAGUGUUAAAGGAGAUAUCUGUCGGAGAUCUGGAACCAAAUGAUACUGUCCAGGCCAAUUUAGAGGCACAGCUGUUGUCUAAGCUUGACCAUCCAGCAAUUGUUAAGUUCUACAACAGCUUUGUGGAGCAGUGUAGCUUCUGCAUCAUUACCGAGUACUGUGAGGGUGGAGAUCUGCAAUGUAGAAUUGACGAGUAUCGAGGAAGGGGCUGGACCUUUACUGAAAACCAGGUCAUCGAGUGGUUCAUUCAGCUAUUGCUAGGAGCCCAGUACAUGCAUGAAAGAAGAAUACUUCACAGAGAUCUGAAAAGCAACAAUAUCUUCUUGAAAAAUAAUCUCAUAAAAAUAGGAGACUUUGGAGUUUCUCGCCUCCUGAUGGGGUCAUGUGACCUGGCAACAACUUUCACUGGAACACCUUACUACAUGAGUCCAGAGGUCCUCAGUCACCAGGGUUACAAUUCCAAAUCUGACAUAUGGUCUCUGGCGUGUAUUUUGUAUGAAGUGUGCUGUUUGGAUCAUGCGUUCACUGGCCAUAACUUCAUGUCAGUUAUCCUGAAAAUUGUGGAGGGUGAAACUCCAUCACUGCCGGACAGGUAUUCCAGCGAGCUUAAUGCCGUCAUGACAAGCAUGUUGCAAAAGGAUCCAUCACACCGUCCGACAGCUGUGGAAAUUCUCAAAAUUCCAUAUAUUGAUCAGCAGCUCCAGAACAUCAAAUGCAAGUUUUCAAACAUCAUCAUGAAAGACAAAACAAUCAACUCUCAGGAUGAAGCUCUUCAAAUCAGGAGUGCUUUGUAA